AUGCAGAUCUACGGCCUGCUCGUUCUCGCCAGCCCUCCCGGUGCUGGCGCUGUGCCGCUCACCAACGCAUGGGAGCUCGGAUCGUUCUCGUGGCUCCAGCGCGGAACCGUGCAGGACAUGAUGGGAUUCAUGGCAAGGACGGUGGCGGAGCGCACACAACCUACGCAGCGACAGUCGGUCCAAGAAAACUCGUACGUUGCACACGUGCAUGCGCGUCCAGCGUCGGACGGCGUUGUAGGCGUUCUCAUCACCGACACCGAAUACCCCGUGCGCGUGGCCUUUUCGCUGCUCAACAAGACGCUGGACGAGUUUGUGAUCAAGGUGCCCAAGUCGCAGUGGGAGACGCGCGUCAACGCCAUCACCACCGGCUCGGCCACGGCGCCCCCCAAGGGCGAGGCUCUGCUGGGCAUCAGCGCGUUCCCGCAGUCGGUCGACUACGUCAAGAGGUACCAGGACCCGCGCCAGGCAGACACCAUCAUGAAGGUGCAGCAGGAACUCGACGAGACCAAGAUCGUGCUCCACAAGACCAUCGAUUCGGUCCUCCAGCGCGGCGAGGACCUCGACAAGCUUGUGGAGAAGUCCGGAACGCUCAGCGAGCAGAGCAAGAUGUUCUACAAGACGGCAAAGAAGCAGAACUCGUGUUGCACCGUCAUGUAG